AUGGAUUUCAUGAAGACCACUUCUCUGCGUGCACUAAUUGAGUUAACUUUCCAACGCAAGUGGAACGGCCUCAUUUGGAUGAAUAUAAAAGGAGUUAUAGCCAAAAUAGCGAAGACUGGUCCGAGCGGCUCUAUCGAGAAAUGGCGGCCAAGCCGUGCAGAACGGCCGGCCGAAGAACGAAUGUUUCGCGGUCGGCCAAAGUCCAAACCAUCCGUCCAAGCCUCGUCCGAGCACACGUACCGACCCGGGAAGCAAUGUCCCGCGGUCGGCCAAGUCACGAUCAUUCAAGACGAUGCCGCGCACGAUCAUGCUGCCGGGAAGCAACGCCUCGUGGCCGUGCGGCUUGUCUCACGUACCAUGGCCGAUCGCGCCGUCCGAUCAGGAAAGCCGCGCCCUACGCUCGACCAAGAAACAUCGGCCAAGCCCUUCAUCCGGCCGACCACGAAACCUAUCGGCCACGACCGUUCCGAUCGUGCCGAUAGCGACCAUGACCCGAUAAUCCGGCCGAUCGUCCCGACCGACUGUCCGAACGCCGCGGUCGACCCAAAGCCGUUUUUGAAGCCCGAUUUGCACAAUUCAAGCCCAAUGCCGGCGCCGACUUAUCAAGAUUAG